CAACAAUCCAAUGUGAAGUUAAACAGUUGUGGGUGAAAAUGAAUGACCGCUUCGACUGCCACUACUGCAAAGAAUCCCUCUUCGGGAAGAAGUACGUCCUGCGAGAGAAGAAUCCCUAUUGCGUGAAAUGUUACGAGAGCCUCUACGCCAACACCUGCGAGGACUGCAAGAAGCCCAUUGGCUGCAAUACCAGAGAUCUGUCUUACAAAGACCGCCACUGGCAUGAGGAGUGCUUCAAGUGCUUCCAGUGCAAGCGCUCCCUGGUGGACAAACCCUUCUCCACCAAGGAUGAGCAACUGCUGUGCACCGAGUGCUAUUCCAACGAAUACUCCUCCAAGUGCCACGACUGCAAGAAAACCAUCAUCCCUGGCUCCAGGAAGAUGGAGCACAAGGGCAACAGCUGGCAUGAGACUUGCUUCACCUGCCAGCGAUGCCAGCAGCCCAUCGGCACCAAGAGCUUCAUCCCCAAGGAGAACCAUAACUUCUGCGUGCCCUGCUACGAGAAGCAAUUCGCCAUGCAGUGUGUGCUAUGCAAGAAGGCCAUCACCACCGGCGGCGUGACCUACCGUGAGCAGCCCUGGCACAAGGACUGCUUCCUGUGCACUGGCUGCAAGCAGCAGCUGUCUGGCCAGAAAUUCACCUCCAGAGACGACUUUGCCUACUGCCUCAACUGCUUCUGCAACCUCUACGCCAAGAAGUGUGCUUCCUGCACCACCCCCAUCAGCGGCCUCGGAGGCAGCAAGUACAUUUCUUUCGAGGAGCGCCAGUGGCACAACGACUGCUUCAACUGUAAGAAGUGUUCCGUGUCACUGGUGGGCCGCGGUUUCCUGACCGAGCGUGACGACAUUCUGUGCCCUGAGUGUGGCAAAGACAUCUGAAGGAUGCCGCCGCACACAUUCACACGCAUUCAAUCAUACGAUAUCGAAAUGCUUAAGCGGUUGCGGCACACACCGUAGUGCCUUUACUUCUUUCUAAUGUGCAUUAUUGUUCGGCUUAGCUAACUGGCAAGGACUGGUGAAUACUGUUAACAGAAUAAUGUCUUGCAUGAAUAUAGAGGACAUGUUUGCAACUAUGAAUUAUGGUUUAGCGUCGGCGUGAUUGCGGAUUGCAUGCUUCUAAUUUGACUAAAUCCCUGUGUUGUGCAUAGAUUAGAUCUGUGAAACAACUUGGUGUUAUUGACGUCUGUAAAAUGUAGAUAGAUGUGCAUGGUGUCAGGUUUAUGGACUUGAGAAUUAUCCAAAAUAAAGAGUUAACAAUUGGCA